UCUGCUGCUAUUUACUUGCUUGGAAUCUUUAGGGUUUUAGAGAGAGAGAGAGAGAGAGAGAGAGAGAGAGAGAGAAAUGUGGAGAUCAGGGCUGAGGUUCUCUCUCCGCCGGUUGCGGCGGAGCUUGCAUUCGCCCGGAAUCUCUCCGGCGAUUCCGUCUGAAGCCCCUGCUUCGACACCCACCCGUCUGUGCUCCCUCGUCUUCCCCAAAGCUCCGUUGAGUUGGAAUACCAGAUCCAUCUCCCACCAGUCCCUCGAUUCCGGCGGGGCGAGCGGGUUCGAUGACGAGGCGCCGAUUUUCGACGCGGAUGCCGACGGCCCCGUGAUGGGCGAUUUCGCAGGUGACGGAGAAGAAGGUGUGGUCGGCGACGGAGGCGCGGAGGAGGUCGAUGAGAUCAUCGACCCUGAGCAGUUGGAGAGCGUGUUGUCUCUCUUGCAGAGCACUGCCGACGGCUCCUUGGAGUCGACCCUCGACGGGAUGCGCUUGACCCUGCAUCCACGGUUUGUCAUUAGGGUGCUCGAGACCCCGCUCCUCGUGGGCGACAAUGUGCUUCGUUUCUUCAGAUGGGCUUCUUCCAAGCAUUCCGAUCUCGAGGUGACCACCCCUGUACUCCAAGCUCUUGUUCGUUGCAUUUGUGGUGGUGGUGAGUUUAGGAGGAGAGAUGUGUAUGCGUUGUGGGAUUUGAUCAAGGAGUUUGGGGAAAAGGGGAACGGCGUGUUGGACGUGGCUGUUCUCAAUCCUUUGAUAGCUUCGCUUUCGAGGUUGGGUAAAGGGAAGGCUGCGCUCGAGGUGCUCGACAGGUUUGAUGAAUUUGGAUGUGUUCCUGACGACAUGUCUUAUUAUUUUGCUAUAGAAGCGCUUUAUAGGCGCUCGAUGUAUGACCUCGCUUCGUCUGUGUGCGAGAGGAUGCUUAAUGCAGGAUGCCUGCCCGAUGGCCAUAAAGUUGGGAAAAUCAUAUCUUGGCUUUGCAAGGGGAAGAAAGCCAAAUCUGCCUACUCAGUUUAUUCAGCCGCAAAGGACAGCAACUCCCCCCCUCAAUCCUCUAUAAACUUUUUGAUUGCCUCGUUGUGUCGAGAGGAUCAGACAGUGAAAUUAGCUUGGGAGUUGCUGGGUCACCUCAAAGGGGAGGCACGGAAAUAUGCUAUUAAGCCAUUUUCUGCUGUUGUUUGCGGUCUUUGCAGGAGUCGAGAUCUUAAUGGGGCACACGAAUUACUCAAUAAGAUGAUUGCGGAAGGACCAGCUCCAGGAAAUGCAGUUUUUAACUAUGUGAUCAAUGGUUGUUCAAAGGCCAAGGAGAUGGGAUUAGCUAGGGAGUUGGUGAAAUUGAUGGAAGCUCGGGGAUUGAAACCGGAUGUGUAUACUUAUACUGUCAUCAUUAGUGGUUACGCAAACAGUGGUGAGAUGGAUCAGGCCAAGGAAGUCCUAUUAGAGGCCAAAAGGAAGCACUCUAAGCUGACACCAGUGACUUACCAUACGCUUAUCCGUGGCUAUUGCAAACUUGAAGAAUUCGAUAAGGCCUUGGAGUUACUUAGUGAGAUGAAGGAUUGUGGAGUGCAGCCUAAUGCUGAUGAGUACGAAAAACUAAUUCAGUCGCUUUGCUUGAAGGCCUUGGAUUGGGAGAAGGCAGAGAAAUUGUUGGAAGAAAUGAAAGAGAGAGGAUUAUAUCUUAAUGGAAUCACGCGGGGGCUCAUAAAAGCUACCAAAGAAUUGGAAAGUGAAGCGGCAGACAAUAGAGAACUAAGAGCUGUAGCUUAAACUACUGGUACUAGCUGGCUGGUCAAGCCCGGCAUACCUUGGACAUCCUUCCCAGUUUAUCGACAACAAACAGGAUGUUUUUGCCUAAUCCUUUUUCAACUAGUCUGUUUUUCUGAGUACAUCAACAAUCGCUGGGACUUUUGGCUGAGACCAUCAUCCAAGAUUGUACCGGCAGUUUUCUUUCUGUGGCUUAGAGACAUGAUGUUACAGGCCAGGAGAUGGUAACAAGUUUAACUCAGAUCAAUUCUACUUAAGAGAGACAUAUAACGUGCUUUUGUUGUCUCCGAUUAGCCCAGGAAAAAUAAGAAGAUUUGAGAGAGCAUCGUGUAUUGCAUCUGGUUUUAGUCACAAUGCUUCCUUUCCACACCUUGGUCCAGCAAAACAACUAAUAGCAAUUCAGAGGACAAUUUGGGGCGUAGUGAUUUGUACAAGUUACUCUCUGUUUACUUAAAAGUAUAACGAGUUUUACUGAAGUUGUAUCAGUUGCUAAAUGAAACACGUUGGAUUUUACCGCAGCAUCAAGUUUUGCUCGUAAUUUAGUGAUGAGGAGCUGGAUUAUAAUUGA